CCUCCACCUCCACCCCCACCACCACCCCCACCACCCCCUCCUCCUCCCCCUCCACCACCAUCACCACCACCACCUCCCCCUAUCACCCCCUCAACCCCCAAUCACCACCCCUGCUAUCCACCCCCAUCACCUCCCCCACCACCUCCACCACCACCACCACCACCUCCUCCACCUCCUCCCUCCCCACCACCUCCACCUCCUCCACCACCUCCUCCACCUUCCUCCUCCACCCCCUCCUCCACCACCCCUCCACCUCCUCCACCACCUCCUCCACCACCACCUCCACCACCUCCUCCCACCCCUCCUCCUCCACCUCCUCCACCUCCUCCUCCACCUCCUCCACCUCCUCCUCCACCUCCUCCACCACCUCCUCCACCCCCUCCUCCUCCACCAACCUCCACCACCCCUCCACCACCUCCACCACCACUACCUCCUCCACCUCCACCUCCACCACUUCCUCCUCCACCACCUCCACCACCUCCUCCACCACCUCCACCACCACCUCCCCUCCUCCACCUCCACCUCCAACCACCUCCUCCUCCACCACCUCCACCACCUCCUCCCCCACCUCCACCACCACCUCCUCCUCCCCCACCUCCACCACCUCCUCCACCAUCUCCUCCACCUCCUCCACCACCUUCUCCACCUCCACCUCCUCCACCUACUCCUCCACCUCCUCCACCUCCUCCUCCCCCUCCUCCACCUUCUCCUCCACCACCUCCUCCACCACCUCCUCCACCUCCUCCCUCACCUCCUCCUCCACCUCCUCCACCACCUUCUCCUCCACCUCCUCCUCCACCAUCUCCUCCACUUCCUAGCCCACCUUCUCCUCCACCUCACCCUCCACCUCCACCUCCACCUCCUCCACCUCUCCUCCACCUCCCUCCACCUUCUCCUCCACCUCCUCCACCUUCUCCACCUCCACCUCCUCCACCACCUCCUCCACCUCCUCCUCCCCUCCUUCCUCCACCUCCUCCACCUCCUCCCCCUCCUCCACCUCCUCCUCCCCCACCACCUCCUCCACCACCUCCUCCACCUCCUCCACCCCCACCUCCUCCUCCACCACCUCCACCAUCCCCACCACCUCCACCACCACCUCCUCCUCCACCUCCACCUCCACCACCUCCUCCUCCACCACCUCCACCACCUCCUCCUCCACCUCCUCCACCACCUCCUCCACCACCUCCACUCGUACCUUGUAUGUUUGUAGUAUUGUGGUGUGGCGGCCAGCCGGUACUGUGCCCAGCUCAGGCUCAGGGGCUGGCUGGGAAGCUUGGGGUUAGCUGCUCAGCUCAGCUUCAAGGGCUGGAUGGUAAGCUUGGUGUCGGCUGGUCAACACAGCUUCAAGGACUGGAUGGUAACCUUGAUGUCGGCUGGUCAACACAGCUUCAAGGACUGGAUGGUAAGCUUGAUGUCGGCUGGUCAACACAGCUACAAGGGCUGGAUGGUAAGCUUGAUGUCGGCUGGUCAACACAGCUUCAAGGGCUGGAUGGUAAGCUUGGUGUCGGCUGCUCAACACAGCUUCAAGGGCUGGAUGUUAAGCUUGAUGUCGGCUGGUCAACACAGCCUCAAGGGCUGGAUGGUAAGCUUGGUGUCGGCUGGUCAACACAGCUUCAAGGGCUGGAUGUUAAGCUUGAUGUCGGCUGGUCAACACAGCUUCAAGGGCUGGAUGGUAAGCUUGAUGUCGGCUGGUCAACACAGCUUCAAGGGCUGGAUGGUAAGCUUGGUGUCGGCUGGUCAACACAGCUUCAAGGGCUGGAUGUUAAGCUUGAUGUCGGCUGGUCAACACAGCUUCAAGGGCUGGAUGGUAAGCUUGAUGUCGGCUGGUCAACACAGCUUCAAGGGCUGGAUGGUAAGCUUGAUGUCGGCUGGUCAACACAGCUUCAAGGGCUGGAUGUUAAGCUUGAUGUCGGCUGGUCAACACAGCUUCAAGGGCUGGAUGGUAAGCUUGAUGUCGGCUGGUCAACACAGCUUCAAGGGCUGGAGAUGUGUGAGGCCGCCUUCGCAGUGUGGGGCCCCGGCCUUCUGCAGUGUGAGGCCGCCUUCUGCAGUGUGAGGCCGCCUUCUGCAGUGUGGGGCCCCCUUCUGCAGUGUGAGGCCGCCUUCUGCAGUGUGAGGCCGCCUUGUGCAGUUGAGGCCGCCUUGGUCAGUGUGAGGCCGCCUUGUGCAUGUGAGGCCCCCUUCUGCAGUGUGAGGCCGCCUUCUGCAGUGUGA